UAUAAGAGUUUGGAGAUACAUGAAAGUAGGACCUCUUUAAGUAUUUACUUCGCUAAUGUGCAAUUGCAAUUAGGAGUACAGUGGUCCUUUUAUAUGCAUUUAUUGUUCUCGAUAAGUAUCUGCAUAUUACCAUGACUAUGAAAAGGCCCAUAAAUUGGUUUCUAACUGAAACUGGUCGUAAAUUCACUUUUGCUGUAAUAAGUGGGACAGGGAUUGCAUUAACAGCUGCAAGAUUUACACCAAAUACUAUAUUUUUACAUAAAUAUAAAGAUUUUGUUCAACAUUACAGUAAUGGAAAACCAGUAGAAUUGUCCAAUGAAUUAGAACAAUGCUAUGAGAAAUGCUUGGACAUCUUGAAGAUGUCAGAUAUUCACCGCAAAGUCAUAUCUCCCUUUAGUGCAUAUGGCUAUGAUUUAUUUCAUGCUGGAACUACUUGUUCAAGAUUUGGUGUAGCUGUGGGAAUUCCAAUAAAUUUUACAUACAAAUCUAUUGAGGAUCUUAAAAACUCACCCAUACAAGUAAAUCAAAAAGCAGUCGAUUGGUCUUCUGAAGUUGGCAAGAAGUUGGCAGAUGCUUUGAUUUUGCCAGAAAAUGUGAAGAAAUUUGCAAUAUGCAGAGAAAUUUUAAUGACACAUAAUUACAAAAUGAUUUAUGAGUCUGUAUAUCCAUUCGGUUGUGUAUUUUUUGCCUAUAACUUGUGUAGUUUUUUGAAUAGGAAGCUUAAUUUAUACGCUAGACCAGUCAGUCUCAGAAGUACUUUGUAUACAAUAGUAGGUUUGUUCAGUGCAGGAAUGUAUUUUCUACUGAAAGAUAUGACUGAAGUUUAUUAUGAAACAGAAGUUGAUAAGAAGCUAUGCGAACUUGGACCCGAAUUUAUUGAAAGCGGUUUAGUGUUUUAUGACAAAAUAUUGAAAAGAAACCAGGCUCUUAGAGAAUUAAUGGGUAAAGAAGGUGAAAAAAAAUAUAGCAAAUUAGGUAACGAAAAUUUCGGAAUAAGACAACCACGUUUGGCACUUAUGCACAGAAAACACUAUUUUCAAGACAAAUUGGCAGAAAUUAAAAAAGAAACUGAAGAUAUGCCGUUAAAUUAGAAUAUUUGAGUGAUAAUAGUCUUAACAACAAGCUAUUUACAAGGUUUUCAUUAAGAGUGCCUAACUUAAAAAAAAACUGUUUUAGUGAUAUUGCCACAAUUUUUAUUUUUAUUUAAAGGGUACAUAUUCGAUAACAUUAUGUAUGGAAUAUAAUUUCAGCCAAAUAAAUGUCCGCUGCGACUCCGCUGUA